GGAGAGUUUCUGAGCCGCUCUUUGCCCGAUUUUGACGCAAGAAGCGGUGCAGAAAAUCGGGGCUGUCCCGCCUGGGCGUCGCUGCGGUGAAACUCCUCGGAACUGUGACAACUCAAAAAUACUAACAAACAUAUAACCCCAGUGAAACAGAAACUGUUCUUGGAGACCCCCAAAAGCAGAAAGACUUAAGUUUGAAAACAGAUUUUACGGGACGGGAAAAGCGGCCAUGAAACUUUCUGGCAGCAAAUUCAAAGUGCAGAACUGAUGGAACGGGGAUUUUGGGAGGGGAAGUGGGUGGUGAAUAAAGAGAGGGCUAAAUAAAACCCUCCAAAAGUGCGGCUCGGGUACAGGUGGGGAUCUCUGGGGCAGUCUGAGCGCUCUUUGGUGUGGGGAUGGAGAUGUGUUCCGUGUCCCAGAUGUUGCACAUCUGCAUUCCAGAUAAACCAGUGGAAACUGCCGAGCUCCUACAGAGAGUAUCCUGUGCUACCCAGAGGGUUUUGCUACUGCUGUUUGCAAACAUCUGUCCUGCUUUUGGCCCAGUUAAAAUAAUCAUACAGAGCCGUGCUGGGGCUGGAGCUGGAGCUGCAGGAAUGCUGAAGUGUCCCGUGUUAACCUGCAGCAGGUCCAGCCUUUGGCUGAAUUGUGCCCACACUGAACCUGUCGGUAGAAAGUUGGAGGCUUCAGGUCAGGAGUGGAGUUCAGGGGCAAACAGGGCUCUGGUGGAUCAGAACCAAGGUCUGAUGGUGCCAGAUCUGGGGUUCUGUGUUAGGAAUGGGGAAGUGGCUCUUGACUUUUGCCAGUUUGCUUCAGCUGUUCUGUUUUCCUUUGUGCUGAAAACAAAUACACAGAAUUGCCUUCAAGACUGCAAGUUCUGAGUCUUGGGGAGGGAAAGAUCAGUUUCCUGGAGCUGAAUUGGAGCUGAAGCAGCUUGAGAGCUCUGAAAAUCAGGUUGUUGUUACCACUUCAGGCAUUCAGAAUCAGGCCCCCAGCAUUAGACCAGUGUCGAUGAUCUUCCCUUUCCUCCUGCUCCCUUUGAGUAGUGGGGAAGGGCUGGGAAGGACCUUAAGCUGUGAGGAAACAAUUCUGCCAGCAGAUAAACCUUCAUGCUUGGAGUGUUCUGAGAUGAGCAGCCUGCACUCCCAUAAAACAUGGAAUUGGUCCACAGACUCCUCUGGGCUGUUUUGCAGUGGUGUAACUUUUGCCCUGUGUUCAGUCCCAGCCAUUACACUUCUGCUCCUUUCCCAGCAGUAACAUUCCCUCACAGAAACAGCUUCACUUCUAUUGAUUCCUCCUAAUAGCAGAGAAUCCACAAAGCGCCACGUUAUUUAUUAGACUGAAAAAUACCAAAUAGUAAUGUGUUGUUUUAUAUUAGAUGAUCAAGUAUAAGAGCCCUCAGUACUGUGGUUAGUGGGUCUGGCUGGAAUGUUCAGCUGGAACAUGAUAACUGGCUGCCCAGAGAGCUGCUUUGUCCUGAAGAUGCCAAAUAUGUGUAUAUAUAUGUAUAUAUUUCUGUUUAAUCCUUUUUCCCUCUCCCUCUUCCUGCUCUAUUCCAAUUCUUGCAUGCACAAAAUACAUUUUUCCUUAAUACCAUUCAAGAACAUCUCUGGAAGGACAGAUUAUUUCUGAAGGGUUUAUGUGGAUUUCAUAUUACCAAACCUGCUCUAUUGAGCUCUGUUGUAAAGGAAGAUGCAGUCCUGAUAGUAAAUUCUGCAUUUCCUGAGCUUAGGAAUGAGGAAUAGAGCUGUGGGAUGAAACUGGAGGUUGCCCCAUGAUCAGCCAGGCCUCACCCCCAGGUCAGGGACUGUUAGUAAAGAUGCUUGUUGUUUUUCUAAUACAAAUUAAUGUGUUCUGGGCUUGGGUUUGGGUUUGGGCAUCGCCAGCUCACCUGGCCGCAGGUGCGUGGUGAGAUUAUGGCAGGAGGGAGCCAGAGCCUCUGUCUGCAGCGGUUUGGGCAGAACCAGAACUGUUUAUUUGUGUGCAGGAGCAUCACUGCCCCAGAGACCUCUGCUCCUGCAGUGCCAGGGGUCCCUUCCCAGCACAGGAACUGUCUGGAGCUUGCAGGUCUCCUUCCCCUGACCUUCUGCCCUGGCGCUGAGCUGUCCCACCAGCCUCAGCCCUGGGAUUCUGCACUGGGAUGCUGCUGCUCCUGCAGUGUUUGAGGGAAGUGAACUUCCUGCAGGAAGCUGAGUCCACUUAGAAUUAUCAUUUCUUCAGAAUGGGAUAUUUUCCUUUGUGUUGAAAUGAAAACUGUGCUCUGUCUCCUUGGGGCUGCAGAAAAGGACAUGAGCCUUUCAGAAGCAAGUCCAGCAUCUUUGAAGCUUUAAGAAAUACAAGCUUUAGAUAAAGAGAGGGAAGAACAUUUGGGAUGAAGCUUUGAUAGGGUGCUAGAGGCAGGAUUCUGAGGCCAGGAAGCACACAGGAGGAGAAGCCAGAGAAACUCCAUUCAGCAAGGAGCCCAGUUUCACAGCGAAGCAAGUGCUUUCAGACUCAUGUUUCUGUGAAGUGCAGAUGGCUUAGGAAAGAUCUCAGACUAAUGAAGUGCUUGGAAUAAAGGCUUUAGAGCAGAGCUUGCAAAUGCAACCACCUUUGACUUGCCUCUUUCAUUCUGGAGUUCAGUGGCUCCAUAAUGCACACAGCAAAGAAGAUCAAGGAGUGAGUAAUCUUUGCAGCUAUUUGCUCAUCAGAAAAGUGUUUUUUUAGUUGGUUUGGUUUGGGGUUUUUUUGAUGCUUGGUUGCAUUUGCAGGUCAGGAGUAAUAAAAGAUGCACAGUGACACUAUUUAACACACUUUAAUAAUUUUAUCUGGACCAAUAAAGUGUUCCUGUGUUGCCUGUGUUUCGAGCUUCAAGGAUGAAUCUCAGGAGUCUGCCACAUAUCAUUCCUUUUCCAAAGCUGCCCUGUGUGUGUCUGGAUGGGUUUUCUAGUUCUUCAUCUGGAUUUGCUGUGAUGUCUUUAGCAGGACAGGCUGUGUGAGUGCAGGGCUGUGCUGGAGCAGGGGUGGGUGCCAAACCCCUCCCUGCUCCCCUUGGUGGCACAGGGAGAUGGGAAUGGGGGCUAUGCUCAGCUCAUCACAGGCUGUUCCUGUCACUGCUCAGGGUCACACAGAGUCACAUUCCUUCCCUGCUCCAGCAGGGAAUUCCUCUCCCAGGAGACAGUUUGUCAUGAACUUCUCAAAGCUCUCUACAAACUGUUGCACCGUGGGUCAUUCUUCCCUGGGCUCAGCCCUUCAGGCUGUUCAGCAUCACUCACUCUGUAAAUCACCAGUUUCCUUUCAAUAAAUUACUGUUUCAGCAGAGCUCCCUCUCAGAUUGUAUCAUGGAGUCAGUGAGGUUGGAAAAGACCUUUAAGAUCAUCAAGUCAACCAAGAUGUGCCUGAGAGUGCUACUGGAGACCAGUGCUCCAAAAUGAAAUCAUUACAAAUAAAGUGGGUUUUCUCUACUGAGGUGGUGUGGCAGCUCUCAGCUGAUAGUUCCUUCCCUCACAAUUGGAUACUGAGUGUCAGUUAAUGAAAGUUUGUAAAGGACUUUGACAGAACACAUUGCCUGAAAGGUGUUUCAACAUUUUGAUUUAGAAGUUGUGUUUUUCUUUACCUCUGCAGUGCCCAGACAAGCCGUGCCCUGCUCCGAUUCCCAAACCUGUGAGCAAAUGGAUUACUUUGAGAAUGGAAAGCUUUGUGCUCAGACAGGCUCCCAGCAGCACAGGGAGAGCAGUGGCUGUCAGGUGGCUGAGGCUGGCAGACCUGUCAGACGUCUCCGGAGGAAGAGAAGAUUGCCUUUGGAUUCGGAGGAUGAGGAGGAAAACACGUGUGAGGAUGAGGAGAAGAAUAAAUCAAAUAAUAUGAAAAGCCGCAGAAACACUAAACCAAUAAAACAAGUGCUUCCUGGAAAGAAGAAGGUAUGGAACUGGUCUUCCUACUUGGAAGAGGAACAGAUGCCAGCUGCUCCCCAAAAGCUGUUCAGAGAGUAUCAGUCAUUCCCACAAGGCCGAAAUGGAUUUAAAGUUGGAAUGAGAUUGGAAGGGGUGGAUCCUGAACACCCCUCUCGAUUCUGUGUCCUCACAGUGGCCGAGGUCCAGGGGUACAGGAUGAGACUGCACUUCGAUGGUUACCCAGAGUGCUACGACUUCUGGGCUAAUGCUGAUUCCUCAGACAUCCAUCCUGUGGGCUGGUGUGAAAAAACAAGCCAUAAGCUGCUCCCUCCUAAAGGUUUCAAGGAGGGAGAAUUUAAUUGGACUUCCUAUCUGAAGAACUGCAAAGCUCAAGCAGCUCCAAAAAGCCUUUUUAAGACCCUCAGCAGUCCUGUCACACCUUCUGGCUUUCGUCUGGGAAUGAAACUGGAAGCAGUGGACAAGAAGAACCCCUCACUGGUUUGUGUUGCCACCGUCACGGACAUGGUGGAAAACCGGCUGCUGAUCCAUUUCGAUAACUGGGAUGAGAGCUAUGACUACUGGUGUGAAACGAGCAGCCCAUAUAUCCGUCCUGUCGGCUACUGCCAAGAAACUGGAACCCCACUGACAACACCACCUGGAUACAGGGAUUCCAAAGCCUUCUCAUGGGAGAAAUACCUGGAAGAAACUAAUUCCCAAGCAGCCCCAGCAAGAGCAUUUAAAGUGCGUCCUCCUCAUGGAUUCCAGGUUAAUAUGAAGUUAGAGGCUGUGGACAGACGAAAUCCCAUCUUGAUAAGAGUGGCAACAAUCGUUGACAAAGACAACCACCGUGUUAAGAUACAUUUUGAUGGCUGGGACCAUCACUAUGAUUUCUGGGUGGAUGCAGACAGCCCUGACAUCCAUCCUGUGGGCUGGUGUGACAAAACUGGACAUGCUCUGCAGGUCCCUCUAGGUGCUGAAGAUCCAGAGGGAGCAGUGGGACAGGCGUGUCCUACUCCGGGGUGCCAGGGGAUCGGGCACGUCCGGGGCCCCCGCUACGGAACACAUUACACCUUAGUUGGCUGCCCAUACUCUGAUGUGAACCUCAGCAGAGAAAACCUGUUACAGGACCGGCUGAGUGGGGAGAGACCUUCCCCUGGGAACAGCAUGCAGAAAGCCAGGAGGCUGGACACCCCUGGCCCAUUGCUGGGAGCAGUGGAAUCUUCUCAGAGUGGCUCUUCACAAUCCAGAAAAUCUGCACCAGACAGUGAAAAGUGGUGUCAAAGCAGCAUCCACACUCCAUCAGAGCAAUCAGAAAACAGUCAGGAGAGAGGCUGGGGAGAGGAGGAUUCCUCUGCAGACAUCAAAGCCACACCAAAAAUGCUUGGGUGCUCACAUGCCUAUAUCAAGUUUCAGUUGGUGAAACAGGAGAACAAUGGGAAAGGCCCUGAUUUGGAUCUCCAGCAGGCCCUCCACCAGUCUAUCUUCAUGCCUUCCCUGGCCUCUAACCCGACCCACCGCCUGCAUCUCUUCUGGGAGCAGCACUGCAGGCUCCUGCCGGAGGUCUCGGGCCUGACAGCCAAACAAGUUGCCAAAUGGACUGUGGAGGAGGUGGUGAGCUUUAUCCAGCGUUUACCUGGCUGCAAAGAACAAGCCUCUGUGUUCAGGGAAGAGCAGAUUGACGGAGAGGCCUUCCUGCUCCUCAAGCAGAACGACAUUGUUAAAAUCCUCAGCAUCAAGCUGGGCCCUGCCCUCAAGAUCUACAAUGCCAUCCUCAUGUUCAAGUCUGCAGAAGACAACUGAGAGGAGGCCUUUGACAGAGCCAGCAGGAAUUAACCAGGAAUGGAUCUUCAGCUGUGAGCAUUGCAACACACCUGACAGGUGGAUGGGGACUCGGAUGUAUUUUAAGUAGAACUUAGUAAAAAUGGUUUAAGGUUAUAAAAAUCCUGCCACAGUCUGGAAUAUGGGGCAGCUUCACUUCCAAGAAGACGAUAUUAUUAUAUUUUGUAAUUGAAUUUGGUUUUGAUAUAUCAAUCUCUUUUUGAGAUCGAGAAGAAACCUCCAGUUCUAAGGGGAAUCCAGGGUAGCAGUGGUGGAGCUGCAGGAGCAAGAAGAAAGUUUUGAGUAAAACUGGCUUUGUGUCUAGUGAUAGUGCCUGAAAGACUGACUGAUCCCGAGCAAGACUAAUAUGUUCUGUGUAAUAAAAGAGAGAGGAAAAAGAUGUUCUUCAAAACAACUCCCCCAUAUCCUUCACUGCUGUGACUCAGGAGCUGACCUUUUCAGGACUGAUUGUUAAAUUCCACUUUUUCCUGCUGAUCCUGGUUGUUGUGGUACCCUUGGCUCCUGAGCUGCUUGCACAGGAAGGGAGCAUGGGCAGAGGAUUUCCAUCAGGGAUAGCUUGCACAAUGUCCUCAUUCCUGUCAUUCCCUGUCAGGAGGCAGGGGCAGUGCAGGUGGCUUUGGGCAGGCAAAGAUCCCAUAAGGGCAUCUGCUGCUGAGACAAAGAGAUGUAUUUUAGCUGUAAUUCUCCCAUCAGUGCUUUUUGUGCAGCUGCUUCUGGGCCAGGAACAUCUUCUGGCAAAAUGGCACAACCAGGAGCACUUGGGGACUGGUGUGUGUUUGUUCUUGACUUCUCCUGUCAGCCAAGUCCUAGGAACAGGAGUUGGAAAGCCAGCAGUGUGUGUGUGUAAACAGAUUGCCUAGAAACAAAUGGCUUUUCUUUUGAACCAUCCAAACUGAUGGAUGUGAAGUGCUUUGGCCUUCUCCCCCUGAGGUGUUCUGCCAGAGAUGGAGGGCCAGGCAGCAGCUCCUCUGCCCCUGGGAGCGGGGCAGGCACAGCACACAGGGGGGUGAGAUUGGAGAGGAGUCAGGAUUUAAACAGCAAAAUUGGGGAACAGUUAUUUCCCAAAAGAGAGAGAGCUGCUGUGUGUGGAGAAGGGAGCCUGGGGCUGCGUUGCUGCACGUUCCUGUGCUGGGAGCACGGCUGGUUCCUGCUCCAGCAGCCCUGGGGAGCACUGGGUGUGUGAGCUGGAGCUGCCAGAGGCAGGUUCUGCCCGGCUGUGUGGGUGUCUCAGGGCACUGCAUGGUGAUGUGAUCCAUCCACAGGCACCCCAAACUGCCUUGGCAUCUCUGCAGCCGCGUGGCUCCCCAGGAGCUGUCGGGAACAGAGCGAACACGCUGUCCAUGCCUGCGUGCUGACACAAGGAACACACGUGUUCCCCCUUCCUGCAUCACCCACGUCCUUUGUCCUGUCCUUCUGCUGCUGACAAGGUUCUGGUGACUGGUCUGAAGCAGAAGGUUCCUUCAAAUUGUAAAUAGAAUCCACACCACUGAAGCCAUUCAGUCCUGGAAUAAUAUUUAGAGCAGUUUGUUUCUUUUUUUUUUUUUAAUAAGAAUUUCAGGAUUUUAAGCCUUCACAGAGAAGACACAGGUUUGGUGGGAUAUUUACCAUUAAAUAUCAGCCAGGCAGCAGCGGGGGAGAAAUUUAUUGCAGUGUUAGGGAGUAGGCAAGGGUGAAUUUAGUUUAUUAAAAUACAUUUCUAGUAUGAUAACCAGGAUAUUCACCAAAGAGUCACAUUCCUUUAUCCUGCUCUGCACAUCCAGCAUUAGGACUUGAAUUGUAAGUGGCAUGUCUUGUCCUCUGACAGAACUCGCCUCCUGGGCAAAGCAAAAUUGUUUCUUGACAACUGGAGCAGAGGAUCCAGGGCUGGGCUGUUUAUUCCUGGCUCUCCACUGACUUGGGAAAUAACCCUGAGCCCUUCCUUGCCCCAGUUUCCACCCAGCCAGGUGGGGCAAGUGCAAUUUUGCCUUUUUCUUGUUUCAGGCAAGCAGGUCCUGCCAGAUUUUCUGUUUUACCUCCUUCAUUUGGGAGCCUGAGUUGGGGGACAGCAGAUUGCCUCUAGCAAUAAACCAAGAUACAAUAUUAAUUCCAUUUCUUUUACUAUAUAUAGAUGGAGGAUGAAGAGAAUUGGUUAAACAAGCAAUGAGAUUCUAGUCAGUGAAAUUAUUCAAACAGAAGAGAAAUCUUUAAUCCUUGGGGCUUCCGAGCCAGCUGGAUCAAAGAGGAAAAUGUGUGCUUGGAGGUUGUUCAGUGACAGCCAGCACAGGCUUUCAGCAGGGGGGAAGGAGGAACCUUUUAGGGAUGGAAGAAGGAGGAAUGUGCUUCUUGUGCCUUUUUUGUAAUCUGAUAAUUGUCUUUGCAGAGCAAGCAAGAAUGUGCACACAUCUAUUACUCACUCCUUUCCCAAAUAUAGCUGUAUUCCAAUAAAAUCCAGCAACUUCACAGGAUAAAAAGAGUUCCAGUGUCUUCACUGGACACAUUUAAAACUCCCUGAUAUUUACAAGAUAGAAAAAACCUAAACCAGCCCAUCCUUUAGCCCCAUAACUCCAGAAUCCAUCAGCUGUGUCAGGGGGUGCUGCUUUCCAGAGCGUCCUGGUGAGUUGUUCCUGCUGCCUGUCCAAGCUCUGCUGCUGUGGCACAGCCAGACCUCUGCAGAGGCCUUUGGUUAUCUGAUGCCUUCUGUAAUUUCAAAUGUGCACUUUGAAGCAAAAAUCCCAAAGUUGUGGCUCUGUGGGGAGCAAAACUGCAGCUGAUUAAUGCCAGCUGGGACUGGGAGGAUUUGGAGUGUGCUGGAUGUCAACAGGAACCAGUUGUUGGCCCAGCUGAACCCAGUCACCAGUUCUGAUAUGUUCCUUAGCAGCCAUUCAGAGCUGUGACAAGUUCCCAUGGGCCAGCAGUCCAACUGGGAAUUUCCAGUUCUCAAAAAUGUUACUCCUAGCUGUGUUUUUGUUCCUUUAUUGCUGUUUUUGAAAUUCAAAGUAAUCCAUUUUUUUUCUCCUUUUCUCUUUUUCUCCUUGGCUGGGAGUCCUGUUAAAUUUUUUCUUUGCCAUCACCAACAAUCAUCCUCGUAAUACAGCAGCAGCAAAUUUCAGCUCUGGGUGAUGAAUCUCAGGAAAGUUGGACAGGAGCAUUUGGUGUCACCAGAGCAAAACUCAGCAGCCAGAGGAAAAGCCAGCACUCAGCCCAGGGAUAAGCCAGCUCAGCUGUGUAAGAGUUCCUGCCACUGCCUUUCUGCCCUGCUUAGGGAUUUGUACCACAGAGACCUUUAAAGUUUUUGACAUUCCCCUCAAUAUGUGAUGAGGCAGCUUUAUUUUGGAGAUUGCUGUUACUUGAACUGGAAGCAGAUGCAGGGGAAGGGAGCAGGGGCUCAGCUCAGCCUCAGAAAUUUCCGCCUUUUUAAACCAAAAACUUGAGCUUUUCGACACUAGCCAUGACCUUGCACUCCACCAAUGCUUUCCUCUGGAAAUGUGAAUAAAAUUAAUAUACAUUCA